AAGAAAGAAAGAAAGAAAGAGGCUUUUCUUUUAUUACCUUUCUGUGUUUGAGCCUUUGGGGUGUACUAGCUACAUAGGUUUACUGCUUCCAAAGGGUCCAUACAUCUAGAAUGGUUGUCCAACCCUGUAACAUUCAGUGCCAUUUUACACUUCUGGGAACAUGUGAUUCCCCUCCCCCACUUGCAAUUGAAAAUUGAUUUUAAAACCUUAUUUCUGUAAGUAACCCUCCAUCCUGCACACUCUGAAGUGCCCACUUUACUUUCCUGAGUUCAUUUAUUGCGUGCAUUGAUGUGGAUUUUUCAACCACAUUGUUUAUACUUCUAAUGGCCUACGUUUUACCAUUUUUGUUAUGAUCCAUUUCAGGGAUGUUCUUCGUUUUGACACAUGUACUGAUUUGUACGGCCAAAGUUGAAGAAUUUUUAAAAUGAAUUAUUCUAUGUGUCCUUUGCAUUGGUCAGGCCGGGGGACACAGUGUGCUGACCUGACCCUUUCCUUUAUGUUUUCGCAGAGGGCUAGCUAAUGCAGGGUAGGUACCCCAUGUGAAUAACACCCAUUUUCUUCUAGACACAGACUAUGCAGCUGACUCUGAUGUUAAAUGACCCGUUAUUGUUCAUGGGCUGAAAACUCUGAUGCUGAUUGUGUGUCUCCUGCUCCUGUGCCAGGUGCUGCAUCUGAAUGUCUGCGUCCAUUUGUGGGGGUGUCAUGGAAAACAAAUUAAAUCUUUUAAAACUAAAAGAAUUAGCAGAGUCUCCCCCAGCCCCUUUCACCAAUUUCUCUUAUUUCCUUCCCUUUACUUCUUCAGGGCUUGUCUGCAUGGUCUGAUAUUAAAGGUGUGAAGUUAAUGCAUGUGAAUCCCAGGACUUUAAACCCCUAUGUGGACGCUCUCAUUCAGAAGUCAGGUGGCCUUAAUUUUGACUUUGGCAGUCAGGACAGCCACAGACCAGUGCAGGAGACCUUCCCUCCCAACACUAUAAAUGAUGAGGUCUUUGAUCACUUCUUGAAUAUUUUUAAGUACUCUAUAGUCCAGGUGUAACCCACAUGCAAUUUUGCAAGUCCAAAGAGACGCAGUGGGGCGCUCAUCUCAUCUUCCCUGAAUGUUCCCUUGUGUAGAAACGCCAUUAGGAUAUUUCCCAAGUAUCAGCUUUGGUCUGACAGAAUUUCAGUACAUGGGUUGAGGUGGAAAUGUAAGGUGAUCUCGCUCCUCUUCUCUCUCCUGCAAAGGACAGGACACCCUUCAUGAGCAGGAGGGCGAAGGCCGGAUAGUGUCACGGUAGGUCCUGCUGUGCGCACAGAGGGUGUUGGCCUGGCUGCUCGGUGAUCCCCUUUGUAAGGAACACAGACCAAAUGGCGGCACUCUUGUCCCAUGGGAGUGAACUAUAAAGACUCCUUUGGUCUCUUGCCCUGGUGAGAGUGUGCCCUGAGGGAGACACACUGCACCAGAGUCCUGCCUGGCUUCAUUCAGAGCCGUUAUAGAGCAUGGAGACUGUGACUGUCCUAAAUACCUAUCUCCCCUCCAAGCUCUGAUUGCCUCAGCUCUCAGGUGAGUAAAGAGGGAGCGGCCGUGCCAGGUGCCAUGUCCCCAAUGAAAACAUCCGAUGCAGCUUUGGAAACAAAUACAGAGCAUGUCUGGUAACUGCCCCUCCCUACUUCUGGAUGAUUUGGAGCAAGAUCAGCCUUACGCUCUGCACCUGUGGUGAGACAAGACAUGACAAUUUGUAAAGUGAGCUUAAUAUAUUUUUGUGACACCUGCCAGACUGUGCCUCACACCUUUGUGAGCAUCACACUCACAGACACAGAUAUGACCAUCCUCACAGGGACGGCCCAUCCAUAUAGGCGAAAUAGGUGGUCGCCUAGGGUGCCAAGUUAAAUGGGGCACCAAAUUCGAGGAAAAAAAUAAAAUUAAAAAAACAUAUGAAACCCCCCCCAAAAAGAUGGAAAAAAAUACAAAUAAAAUAAUGAAGAUGUCAUUAGUUCAAUUCCCGUUCGUGUACGGAGGGAAUAUGAAUUAUAAUUCAUUUCUCUAAAUUUUUGAGAAUUUAUUAAUAUGUCAAAUAUUUUAUUUACUGCAAAAAUAAAGAAUAUUUUAGUCAAUUUUUUUUCCAGUUUGCGAUAUAGGGUCAGGAUGACCCACUCCGCAAUUUUGAUAAGCAAUAACUCAGCCACAAUGAAACCCUUCCGCCAGCCGCAAGAGCUGCAAUGCUAGUGACACCUAACUGGAAUAUACAUGAAGGUCGCAUAGCCGGAAAUUCAUGUAGAGCGGAGUUAUCGCGAGUUGCUACAUGUCAAACGGUCAUUUUAACACGUUGCAGGUAGAUGGCUAAGAAUUGAGCAAAUACUGUGGAAAUUUGUGUUUCUUGGUGCCAAAGAAUAAAGAAUAACGUCUUUCAGCAUUAUAAAUCCAAAAUACUGAGGAAUCACAUCCACGUUUUGCUCCAGAUCAUCCCGUCUUCCAGGAGACAGGGAAGGGAAAUGGCUGUGAUGGAGCCAGCUCAGAUGCUGGUGACCUUCGAGGAGGUGGCUGUGUAUUUCACCCAGGGGCAGGGGGCUCUGCUGGACCCCGCUCAGAGAGCCCUCUACAGGGACGUCAUGCAGGAGAACUACAAGACGGUGACCUCGCUGGGAUUCCCCCUUCCCAAACCUGAGCUCAUCUCCCGCCUGGAACGAGGGGAAGAGCCGUGGGUCCCGGAUCUCCAGGCCUGCGAGGAAAGAGAGAGCCUGAGAGGGGCCCGCACAGGUGAUGAGAGAGUGAGUGAAAACAAGGAGGAGAAUGAUCAUGAGGAAGUUCCCGGGGAAGUGGAACCACAGGGGACCUCUGUGCAAAGAGCUGAAGGGAAUUUUUCCCAAUGCUGGCAACAGGGAGAAGUCUGGGGAAAUUGGCACAGGUCAGAGAGGCUGCAGGGAAACCACCCAAGGAAGAAAGUGGAUGAAUUUAUUAAAUGUGGGGGAGGAGACAAGGAUCCCAUAACCCAGCAGACAAUUUCCAAGGAAGACAAACCCUAUGAAUGCCUCAGUUAUGGGGAAGGAUUCAUUCUGAGAUCACAUCAGACAAUCCAUAUUGGAGAGAAACCACUUCAAUGCUUGGACUGUGGGGAAAGCUUCAAUAAUCGCUCAGCCCUGAAUAACCAUGGGAGAAGCCACAGAAGAGAGAAACCCUCUCAAUGCCUCGAGUGCGGGAAAUGUUUCAUUUGGAAGUCAGAACUAAUUAGACAUCAGCUAAGCCACACAGGAGAGAGACCCCAUAAGUGCUUAGACUGUGGGAAAAGUUUCAGCUGGAAAUCAGUCCUUGUUAAUCAUCAGGCAAUCCACACAGGAGAGAGACCCCAUAAGUGCUUGGACUGUGGGAAAAGUUUCAGUCGGAGGUCAGUCCUUGUUAAUCAUCAGAGAAUCCACACAGGGGAGAGACCCCACAAGUGCGUGGACUGUGGGAUAAGUUUCACAUGGAGGUCAGACCUUAUUAAUCAUGAGAGAAUCCACACAGGAGAGAGACCCCACAAGUGUUUAGACUGUGGAAAAAGUUUCACACGGAGGUCAGUCCUUGUUAAACAUCAGGCAACCCACACAGGAGAGAGACCCUAUAAGUGUUUAGACUGUGGGAAAAGUUUCACACGCAUGUCAGACCUUGUUAGACAUCAGUCAGUCCACACAGGAGAGAGACCCCACAAGUGCUUGGACCAUGGGGAAAUUUCACACAGAGAUCAUACCUCAUUAAACAUGAGAGAAUCCACACAGGAUCUAAACUUCUCUGACACAGGGACAGAAGGUAUUAAGGAAAUUGCAUGUAAUUGACCUAGAGUCAACCUUUAGAGACAUGUUAGAAAAGUGUGUCCUCGUUAGAUAAACUAGAGCUUCAAAAGGUAAACGUGUAUUGUUAAAGACAUGGAAGAAGAUGAUAACUGAAGGAGUCUUUGUUUAGCUAUAUCUUGUUAGAGGUUAACAGUGGAAAUAAACGGUUGCUGUCUAGGGCUGUAUUCUGUGAAUUCAGAGAUCAAAAGGGAAUAUUAACAUUUAGAUAAAACUUGGUUGUAAUAAUGUCACUGUUUGUCUCCUGAAAGUUUGUCGUAAACUGUCUAUGAACGGCUUUAUGGAGAAUCACCUGAUGUUAAUCCAUGUAAUUAAUUACCAGUGAUCUUUAGGAAAUAGAAGGUUACUUCAAAAGCCUAUUGUUCAGCCAAGGACCGUGUGCUCUCAUGACGCUGCAAAGAUAAUCCUUUCUUCUCUGAUCUGCCUAACCUGUAUACGGGGGGAGUGUGAAUUGGAAGACGGAGAUCUCCAGUCCCAUCUGGACCGCCCUGACAUUGAAAUUGGACAUUGGACUAGAACUUGAUGAAAUGAUUCUGUAAAGGACUCUUUGCAAUUCUAAAGCAUCAGCUGUACAAUGAAACUGAGCUAAGGACUCUAUGCAUGUCUCUGUGUAUAAUGAUCUUUUCACCAGCACACUCUUGAAGUGAGCUGUAGCUCACGAAAGCUUAUGCGCAAAUAAAUUGGUUAGUCUCUAA